AGCAACUCGGUUCAUACUGUAUUUCUUGUUUACGGUAUCAGAGUACAUUUUAAAGAAUGUCAGUAGGUACUCUUAACCAUUAUCCAAAAUAUUAAUUACUUUGUUUAUUAUCAUAUUUUUUAAAAUAAUAUGAAUAUAAAUGUUUUUUAUGUAGAUAAAAAAAAAAAAUCGAGUUACCUUUAAAACGUAAUGGAAUACAUGGCUGAGAAUGCUUCCUUGUUGGUUGUGGAAAAUCUUCCUGACACCUUUGACUCUAUAAAACCUAAGUUAGCUUUAUAUUUCCAAAACAAGAGGAGAUCAGGAGGAGAAGUUUUAGAAAUUAGGGAUCACCCCGAAGACAAACGAAAAGCACUUCUUUUAUAUAAGGAUGCAGAAGCUAAAAACAAAGUGUUGGCCAAAGGAAUCCACAAAGUUGAUUUUAAGCAACUGGGGGUUGUGGGGCUCCAGGUUAGACCAUUUGAAGAUGCGCAGAAUGAAGUAAAACCAAUAGCCCAGUCUGUUAGACUGGAAAAUAGUGUGCAAUUAGGAGAAGCUACUGCAAGCUGGCAAACAAAGACCAUUAGUGAAGAGGCAGUGAUACCAGCUCAUAAAGGAGAUUACUCGGUGUUACUCAGCAGCAAUGGCCCUGUUGAUGUAGAAUACCUCAGACUAUACUUUGAGCAAUACUCUGAAGAUAUUGAAAUUACCAAAAAGGAUGAGAACAGGUGGAUUCUGAAGUGUCCAAACAAAAAUGAGCUAAAGGAAGCGCUGCAUGUAAAAGAGCACACUGUGGACGGCUCCCCCGUCUCUGUUGAAUUGUACGAUGAAAAGGAAGAGGAAGAGAAGUGUGACCCAAGAAGGUUCAUUUUGACAGGCUUCAGUGAGGACACCAAGCUGAGCUUCAUUUCUGUGUACAUCCUUAGCUGCAGCAAGGGAGCUGAGCACUCCUGGGAGGUGCUGGACAGUGAGGGGCUGAAAAUAGCGGUUACCUUUAAACAGGAUAUCGAUGUGAAAUCAUUUUUGCAGAAGUGUUCCAAAAAAAAGCUGCAAAACAAGGAGAUUGCAGCAUCACGCCUGGAGCACACUGACUCUGUCCUGGUUCGAGGGCAAACCAGCAAUGUCAUGGAAGACACCUUGAAUCUGUAUUUUUCAGAUUUCAAAAGAAGCAAAGGGGGAACAAUAACAUCAGUGACUGGUGAAACGGGGACCGGAGAUGUCAUUGUAACAUUUCAGGAUUAUCUCGUUGCACAGCGAGUUGCUAAAGAACAGCAUAUGCUAUGUGGAGUGCGGCUGACCGCUCAUCUGUAUUAUAGGCGUUUCCAAAAGGCUGUGACUGGAGAAACCUGUCCCCCUCCAAACCUUCCUAGUAAGACAGCCUUCCCUGUGAACCCGCUGCUUCUCAAUUACAUCAAUUGCACAAAGAAAUACAAAGAUGAGCUUGAGACAGUUUUAAGGGCCGUUGAUUGUAAGGUUCACAUUCACAAUGAAGGAGAGAUACAGCCUCAUCAAGCUGUGCUGGAACACACUUUUGACAGUGACUCGCUGUCAUUGUAUCGAGUCGCUUCAAGCUGGGAAAGUGAUGCCAAGCAGGCGUUUCAUUCAUUUCUUGAUCAAUUUAAUGUACACAAACUUACAAUAGAAAAGGAGGUAUGGGAGAAAAUAGCAGAUGAGUGCCUGGAAUUAAGUAACACUGAUUUAAAAGUAUCCUUUGAAGCUUCCACCAGCAUGCUUGUUUUGGUUGGAGGGAAGGAACAAGUUAUCAGUGUCCGAGAUAAAGUAGAGCGCUGUGUGAAGAAAGCAAAGCAAAAGCUGUUAGAGAUAAGAACCACCAUAGAAAGGAAGGUUAUUGUGAAAAACAGGGAAGAACUAAAUUUGUUGUGGAAUUUAGUCUACGACAAGCUUGAAGACGUUGAAAGUUCAAGUGAUGACGGAGCCUUGGCCUUAUACCUGAAAGGACACAGGGAUAAAGUAGACAAAGCCGAAAAAGUCGUCAAAGAGGCCAAGUCAACACUGAUUACUCAAGCACUAAACCUGCCAACAUGUACAGCAGAGUUUUUAAAGUCACUGGAUCUGGAAGAGUUUAAGCUGGAUCAUUUUUUGCAGAAUGGCAUUAGAGCUGCCAUACUCAACCACAAAUCCUUAGAGAUCCUGGCUGUGCAAAAUGACGCCAAGAACGCAGAAGAUAAAAUCAAAGAACUCCUAAAGGAUGAAGUCAUCAGUCUCACCCCUGAUCAGGCGAAAGCCACCAAAAAUGAUGAAUGGAAUCGUUUUUUCAGUGAGCUCAAAGAGGAGGUAGAUUCUAGCAGUAGUGGCCGUGGCAUCAGCAUCACACAGACUGACACGAAGAUAACGUUAGCCGGCUUCUCCAAUGUUGUGGCAGAUGUUACAAGGAAGCUGAAAGGCUAUCUUGAAAACAAAAGGCUUGUUACUGAGGUUAUCCCCCUCAAAGAGGUGCGUGAGGUAGACUUCAUAGACAGCUGCAUGAAGGUGUCCGAGGUACCUGAGAUCAAAGCCAUGGAUGUCACCAUACUGCCGGUGCGGACGCAGGCUUCCCCUGGGUUGAAGGUCAUCGCCGCUGCGGACAACAUUAAAAGUGCAGUGGCUGCUGUGGAGAAGCAGAUAGCUUUGAUUGUUUUUGAAAAGUGCUCGUACAACAAAGCAGGAGAGUCCAAGGUGCUUGAAAAACAUCAAGAUACCCUCAAGGCUAGGGCAAAAAAGUUUGGAUGCAUGUUAUGGCUAAUGAUUCAGCAGGACACACCCGCCGCUUUACCUGUUCUGGCAGCUCAGUCCUACUCUCACAAAUUAUGUGAUGCUUUUCAUUUAUACAUUGCCCAAGGCCACAUAACAAAGAGAAAGGUGGAUGCUUUAGUGUGUCCGUUAAACAGUGACUUAACCUUUGAUAACCCUAUUGCUCAGGAAGUUCUUGGUGUUGGAGGGGAUGAAAUAAGGAAUGACUGUGAGACAAUCAUAAAAGACAGGCAAGCAACAGGAGCUGGGGAGGUGAUACUGACCUGCAAAGGAAAGCUCCCUGUAAAAAUAUUGAUUGUUGCUGUGACUCCUAUAUGGGGAAAGUGUAACUACACAGUAAGAGGGACUCCCAUGGAAAAUAUAUACCUGAGCUCAUCAGUCCAUCGAUGCUUACAGACCGCAGAGGAGAAUCAGUGCGCUUCCAUUGCGCUUCCAGCUCUUGGCUGUGGAAGCUUUGGGUUCCCAGUCAGUGAAAGCGCCCGAGUCGUGAUGAAGGCAAUCCUGGAGUACUGUGAGAGCAAACCGAGCAGCCUGCAGAAUCUCAAAGACAUCUAUGUGAUUGAACCUGAUGGCAGGAUUAUCCAACAAUUGAAUGCUGCAGUGAAAGACAUGGCUUCUAAGCCGGGACAAACUAAUGCAACAGGGAAAGCAGCUGCAACUCUACCUGCACUGACAGCUACAGCGGCUCCUCCAGGACCUGUAGCUUCCACAGUUCCUUCCUUUCUGCUAAAAGCCCCAGCAGCGCCAACUGUUAAUGUAUCUGGGGUAACAGUAACUCUGAAAAAAGGAGAUGUCACCAAGGAGACUGUGGAUGCGAUAGUGAAUUCAACGAACUGCAGUCUGAAUCUGGAUUCUGGUGUCUCUGGAGCAAUAUUGAACGCUGCAGGGAGUUCUGUUGUUGAUGAAUGCACGAAAUUGGGUUCUCAACCAAGUGACGGAGUUGUGUGUACAGGAGGAGGCAACCUCAAUUGCAAGCACAUUAUCCAUAUGGUGGGACCGACCACUGCAGCAGGCAUCAUAGUGUCUGUGGAGAAGGUUCUGCAGGAGUGUGAUAAUAAGAACGUGACCAGCGUAGUGUUCCCAGCUAUAGGGACAGGAAGAGGUGCUAUUGGACACAAAGACUCAAUUGUUUCAGUAUUGAAAGGAUUUGAGAACUAUUUCUCAAAAACAACUUCCACCAGCCUUAAAUCUAUUUUCAUGGUUGCUUUUGAGCAGAAGGUGUACGACUCUUUCCAAGAUUAUUUUGCUGAAAGAAAUCUGCAGUCAAGUGGGAACACAAAAGCAACCAAUCAAGCAUCUGCUUUUGGGCCCCAAACUGUGCCUUCCGUACUGUCUUUCAAAAAUCAAGGACAAGUUCAUGUUCAAAGCAUGCAGUCACCCUCUCAAGUAAAAAUCUGCAAUGUCACAGUAACCAUUAAGAAAGGUGAUAUUACUACUGAAACUGUUAAAGGGAUUGUUAACUCCACAAAUACUUCUUUGAAUUUAAACAGUGGUGUAUCAGGAGCUAUAUUUAAAGCAGCUGGAAGUUCAGUUCAAGAUGAGUGCAAAGCACUUGGCUCACAGCCAGCUGAUGGGCUUGUGGUGACAAGUGGAGGAUCACUGAGCUGUGACUUUAUUCUACAAAUGGUAGGACCAAAAACCCUUCCAGGAAUAGAAUCUCAGGUGGAAAAGGCCCUUCAGGAGUGCGAGAAGAAGCAGAUCACAACCGUUUCCUUUCCUGCAAUGGGCACAGGUGCAGGAGGACUAAGUCCCAGUGGUGUCAUCGAGUCAAUGCUGCAAGGAUUUAAGAAUCAUUUAUCUCUGCAGAAGGCUUCAAUCCUCAAGUUAAUUUACAUUGUUGUGGUUCAAGACAAAAUCUUUGACGAGUUUACCGACGGACUGACGAAGUGGACCCUUGAAGCCCAGGAUGAGUCUUCUGAUAGCGAUGAUGACUCUGACUCCAAGUCUGAGAGUGAAUAUGAAGAUCUAUUCCCAUUGGUGAAAAAUAUUGAAAUAAAAAUUGGAUCCAUAAAAGUUCAGGCUGUAUGUGGUGACAUCACCAAGGAAAAAACAGAUGCAAUUGUAAGCAGCACCAGUACCACUCUCAACUUAACAUCUGGAGUAUCUGGAGCUAUCCUGAAAGCUGCAGGCCAGUUGGUCGUGGAUGAAUGUACAGCUCUUGGAGUCCAGCAAAGUGAUGGCUUUGCAAUCACCAAACCAGGAAAUCUGCAAGUGAAACACAUCAUACACAUGGUUGGACAAACGACAGUGCCAGCAAUUACACAGUCUAUGUGUAAAGUUUUGAAAGCCUGUGAAAAUAUGAAGAUCCAAUCUGUCUCAUUCCCAGCACUAGGAACAGGAGCUGGUAAUUUAAGUGCAUCUCAAGUAGCCACUGCCAUGGUCGAUGCUGUCAGCAGUUAUGUCAUCGACCACGUGAAACCUUCUCUUAGUGUUGUCCGCAUUGUCAUAUUCCAGCAAAACAUGAUGCUUGAAUUUGAAAAGAGUCUGGAGAAGUUUAAAAAGGUGACACCCCAUGCCAUUCCACAAGCACCAGUUAAAACUGUUUCAAGUCGAGUCCAAGCAAUCAUUUCAAACACAAGCCCGACAGUGAAGACAGUGAAAUAUCCAGUUAGUACGGUGGAAGUGUACAGCACAUCUAAAGAUGGCAUCUCCAAGGUGAAGGAAUGCAUCAAGGACUUGAUCGCUGAAGAGUGCUCCAGCAGUGACAUCGACUCGGAACACAUCAGCCAUUUGCUGGACGCAGAAAGACAGCAGAUAGCACAGUUGUGUGAGAAGCAGCAAAUCCAACUGGAAAUAGGACAGAGGAAAAUAACGGUGUCAGGGAAACGGGAUGACGUCCUGACCGCUGCCCUGACGACCAACAAACUCAUUCAGAACGCUAAGGAAAGGGAUGGCAGGAAGCAGGAAGAAAAGAGGAUGAAGAAAACCGUCCGCUGGGAGAUAUUUAUCCAUGGCAAGCCUAAGGCACUCGGCUCCAGAAUAAAUUAUGAGCUGGAGGUGGCCUACCACAAAAAGGAGAAGACCUAUGUGUACAGUCACGAUGGGGAAUCUUACACAGUCGACAUGGGGAAGAUGCAGCAAGCUGAUCAGAAAGGAAAUGUGAUCAAAAUCAAAAGGAUGCCCCUGACUGAUUCUGAGACAGCCAUUAUUGAGCAACCAGAAUCAUGGACUGACAUGAAGAAUAAAGAUUUUGAAAUAAUUGUGCUUGCACCGAACUCUGAGGAAUUCCUGAAAAUUUCAAAAGAGUUUGUAAAAUCAUGCAAUUCCCCAAAUGCUGAGGUAGUACAGAUUGAGAGGAUCCAGCACCUGAAACAGUGGCAGAGCUAUGCUGUGAGAAAGCAGACACUGGACAGGAAGUAUCCAAAAGCAACCAACGAGCGCAUUCUUUACCAUGGGACCACAAAAGACAUCUGUCAGAGAGUAAACAAAACAGGCUUUAACAGAAGCUUCUGUGGAAGAAACGCUACCAGAUUUGGGCAAGGAACUUACUUUGCCAAAGAGGCAUCCUACUCUUGUCACAAUUCAUACUCCAACCCAGAUGAAAAUGGGCACAAAUACAUUUACAGAGCCAGGGUAAUCACUGGGAAACUUUGCCAGGGAAUUACAAACUUAAAGGAGCCAACCCCGGUCAACCCCAACGAUCCAAACUCCGAUCUCUGUGACUGUGCUGUCGACAAUGAAAAGACGCCUUUUAUAUUUGUUAUUUUUUGUGAUGAUGGAGCCUACCCGGAAUAUCUUAUAACUUUUAAAAUUCCAAACUGAGCCUUUAGUUCAGGAAUGUCAAAGUGUAAUUUGUUAUUUUAUUGAUAAACCAGAAUCGCUGCUAGUUGUCCCUUAAAUCAUAUGCAACUUUAAAAUGUAUGUUAAAAAAUGAAAAUAAUUUGUUAUAAUCAUUUAUCUUAAGCAGUUUUAAAAAGUUUGUAUCAUAUACUUUUAGAGUUCAAUACCAAAUUCACUGCUUUCCUGUGGAAGGCAAGUACAAACCAGUACAUUGUGAUUAAACUUACGAUUUAUUAGUUUGAAAUCUCUCUCUUUGUACACAUUAUGAAAAAGGCAAGCCAAGUUUACUUACUAAACACCAAUCAUUGUGUAUAGGAGACUGCAGAUUUUUAAAUAUGUACUGUGUUUUCUGAUUAAGAAUUUACAUUUUCCUGUUUACAGACAGUUACAGACCCUUCCUCAAUUUAACCCCGACACCAUCUAAAAAUCCACAACCAGGUGCAACAGUAGUGAAAAGGGUAUCAUUAUUCUGCGAUUUGACGAGAAAUGUUUCACUCUUAUGAAAUGUGGAUUGUAAAUGCAGUGAUUGUAGCACCCUCUAGUGGACCUUACGAUCAUAACAAAAUUAUUUUAUGGUACACUACUGUCACCAUCUGGUCUUGUUUUUGCAAUGGCAGUUGGAUUUUUUGUUAAUUGGGGGAAAAAAAAUGGUAUUUGUAGUCAGUGCUGAUAUGUUAACUUUUGGAAUUUUACAGGCAAGAGCUUAUCAAGGGCAGCAGUGCGGAGUAGUGGUUAGGGCUCUGGACUCUUGACAGGAGGGUUGUGGGUUCAAUCCCCAGUGGGGGACACUGCUGUUGUACCCUUGAGCAAGGUACUUUACCUAGAUUGCUCCAGUAAAAACCCAACUGUAUAAAUGGGUAAUUGUAUGUAAAAUAAUGUGAUAUCUGUAUAAUGUGAAAUAAUGUACAAUGUGAUAUCUUGUAACAAUUGUAAGUCGCCCUGGAUAAGGGCGUCUGCUAAGAAAUUAAUAAUAAUAAUAAUCAUGGUUUUAUUAUAUUAAGAACAAAGUUAUUUUAAGACAUAACAUUUCGAUCAUAGUUUUUCUUUCGAAAAGAGGGUUGUACCUUCUUUGUAGGUUAUAUUUAAUUCUAUAUGGCUUCAAGUAAUUUAAAAUCAUAUAACAAAAGUUAUUCUGUACACCGCUUGAUAGGUGAAGCUGUGUAUUUCCUUGAGGUUUAGGCCCCUUGUGGCAAAUCAGUGUCAGUGCUCUACACUUGCAGAUUAAAUUUUGAAGAACACUAAUUUGUAAUGUAUUAAAAAUAAAGAUACGUGAACUUGA